CCCAAACUUGUUGCUAUCGGAGGGGGGAACGUACAGAUUGAUAAACCAUAGACACAGGUAGUCAGGGUCAUGUUUAUGCCUAUGUUUGAAGCUUAUGAUGAUCACGAUGAGGAAGGUCAACGGGGUGUACAUGAUUUUGUUUCCACAGAACAUGAUGCAGCGCUGCUGGCGCCUCCCAGUGCCGCUGGGUAAACGUGGCCUUGCCGUGGUCACACACACGCGACAGGCGGUGGUCUCGGACAACCCAGAAGCGGAGAAUCUAGACGGAUUUGAGCAGCAAUAUCUAAAGGAACGUAUUGAGAUAACAACAUUUCAGAGAAUGCUCCUAGGGGCGGGCUCUUCCAUAGCCGCCAUACUGGAUCCAAGACGCCAUGACAUGAUCGCCUGUCUGGGUGAGACUACUGGGGAGGACGCUUUGUGGAACAUUAUGGACACCAUGCAUGAGAGUGAGGAGGGCCAACGCAUCAUGGUCGAGAAGCCGCGCAUUCACACCAGCACCAUUGACUUUAAGCGACUGGAAUCUCUGCCUGCCGACACGUUUGGAGCCGCCUAUGUGAAGUUUCUUAAAGAUAAUAAAGUCACGCCGGACAGUCGCAUGGCCGUACGCUUCCUGGAGGAUCCCAAGCUGGCCUAUCUGAUGACGCGCUAUCGCGAGUGCCACGACCUGAUCCACACGGUUCUGGACAUGCCCACAAAUAUGCUCGGCGAGGUGGCUGUCAAGUGGGUGGAGGCGCUCAAUACUGGCCUGCCCAUGUGCUACGGUGGAGCGGUGUUCGGGGCGGUCCGCCUCCGUCCCAAGCAGCGACGGGCCUACUUGAAGCAUUACUUGCCGUGGGCCCUAGAGAACGGCAAGCAGAUGAAGCCCCUGAUGCCCGUCUACUGGGAGGAACGGUGGGAGCAGAAUGUGAAUGAGUUGCGCGCCGAGCUAGGCAUUAAAUUGUUGAAUAAAUUUUAAAAUUUUAUUUUUUAAAACGCCAAUUUUUGAAGCUUUCCCACAUCGAUAACUAUCGAUCACCCGAAGAUCGCGCAAUGUGAGUCGGUCUGGUAGCCCUGCUCUCAAUGUUCAUAUUAUUCAAAGCACUUAAAACAUUAUUUUAGAAACAAUCAAAAACAAGGGAGUACUUAAUAUUAGCCAAUCUUGUAGAAAAUGUAUCUAUCAAUCGAAUAAAAUUAUGUGUUAA